CCGUCAACAUGUCCUGCUGCCAACAUGCUCAUGUUUUUCUGUUCAGUGCACACGGGACACGGCCAUGGCAGGAACGCUGAUCUACUGCGACGUGCAGAAGGAGGAGUGGAAGCUCGACACUCUCGGCGACCUCUGCGAAUCGUCGCCCGUCGCCCAGCGCGCCGUCUUCGUGAACACCGGCGGCAAGGUGGACUGGCUCGCCGACAAGAUGAGGGGGAUGGGCCACGCAGUCUCCGCGAUGCACGAAGGCAUGGACCAGAACUCCAGGGACGUCGCCAUGGCGGAGUUCAGAGCUGGGGCUUCGAGCGUUCUCGUCGCCAGCGACCAGCUGGCACCUGGUGGUAACGACGAUCAGCAGGUUGUCUCCAUCGUCGUCAACUACGACCUGCCGACUCGGCCUGAGAACUACCUCCAUCGCGUCGGGCAUAGCGGUCGGCCCGUCAACUUCGUCACCACGCAGGACGUGAGGAUCCUGUCCGACAUCCAGACGUUGCCCAACGUCGUCGUCCAGGAAUUCACGUCCAAUGUCGCUGGCCUUUUCUAGAUUGAUUCCUAUUGGAUAUGAGUUU